CAGCCGCCACCCCUUUCUUCUUCCCUUCAGCGAACCUGCAACCCAACAGUUUCCUAAGAGAAAAGGAAACAGAAGCAGAAAACGGAGAGAAGGGAGAGUGCGCCGGUCAGGGGGAGAGAGAGAGAGAGAGCUCACUGCCGCCGCGCUGUGCAGAGCCGCCGCUGUUCGCUCUCCAGUUCGCCGUGCUUUGUCGAUGCCACGGCGCCGCCGCCAUCAUGCCACGCCUCGCCGUCGAAGCUCGUCAUUUGCCAUUACUAAUCACGAAGAGAGUGACGGGAAGGCCUUGCGGGGAGGGUUCGCGAUGUGCCGUCGCCAAUGCUAGGGUCUGACGCCGCCGGUCACCGUCGCGAGCUUCCUUGCCGUUGCCACAGAAGCUGCCUUCGCCGGUGCCGUUGGAGGCGCGAAUGGAAGAGCGCCGUUGAGAGGGGAAAUGUGAGCUGCGAGCCACGGGCUGAGGAGAAGCUCCACCCUGGUUGCCGCUAAAGGAGUUCUGUGCGUCGCCGCCAAGGGUUGCCGCAGGUGGGGAGAAGAUGCCGCCACCUCACGUCGCUGCCACCAUCUGAGCUCGCUGCUGCUAAUAAUGGUAAGCGUAAACCGCCGCCGGCAGAGGGAUUCAGGCCGCCGCAGGUGUUGCUACCGGAGAAGAGAGCUGUAUCUCUGUGAUUCCGGCCGCCGGGAAAGGUUCUGUGACCUCUGGAAGCACCGCCGGAGCUCCGGACUCAGCUUUUGCCAAUCGAGACCCUGCUGCCGUCACCGGAAAAGUUGGCCGUCUUCAUCGCUGGAGUCCGGUCGCCGCUGCCGCUUGAGGUGGCUGCCGGAUUGUCGCCAAACCGGUUCGGUGAUCGCCGCUGUUCCGGUUCAGCCGUUCCUUCUUCGUUCGUAUUGCGAUGGAUAUUGCGAAAGUGGCUGGGAGCUGAGGUUUUGGUUGCCAUCGGUUCGGGCUGAGGUGGAAAGGAUUUUGUGACGCGUUUGGGUUAUGGGAUUGCGUUUUGAGGAUAUGGGCGCAGAAGUUACGAAGAGUUUAUUUAGUUAUUGUUGAAAUGCUCUGUAUUGCUUUAGAUUAUUAUUUACUGUACCCUCGCCUUUAUCUCGAUAUAUUCUGUAAGAGGGAUAGGAAUUGUAUUGGAUAAUGCUUGUAAUAUUAUAUAUAUAUAUAUAUAUAUAUAUAUAUAUAUAUAUAUAUAUGUAUGUAUGUAUAUGGAUGUACUCUUUAUGAGUUUCUGUAAGUUGUAUGGUAUGUAUGGAUACACGUUGUAUAGUAAAAGUAUUUUUGGGAGCGGUAUUGUGGUUUAAAGUUUUAAAUAGGCUCAUAUUUUAGUAUAAAAUAGUAUAAGUGUCGUCGUAAUGUCCGAGCUAUCAGAGUUGCGCAGCCGGAAGCGUGAACUUUGGUAGUUAGGGUAUUACAAAAUUAUUAAUAUAAAAAAUUAAAAGGGUUAAAAUAUAAUUU